AUGCAACACCCGACUCACGUCUGCCUUCUUCGCAAAUCUAUAUACGGACUAAAACAGGCUCCUCGUCAAUGGUUCCAAACCUUUUCUCAAGCUCUCCUCAAUAUUGGUUUUCAGAAAAGCAAUGUAGAUCCCUCACUCUUCACCUAUCAUCACAACAACAAUCAAGCCUACCUGCUCAUUUACGUUGACGACAUCCUUCUUACGAAUAAUCAUCCUACAUCUCUUCUUCACAUAAUUGCCUCACUCAGCAAAAAAUUCUCUAUCAAACACUUAGGGAAACCAUCCAGAUUCCUCGGCAUUAAUAUCCUUCAUCAUUCCAACUCUAUGCAUCUCUCACAGACACCUUACGCUGAGGCUAUCAUUCAACAAGAAGGUAUUCUUAAAUGCAAACCGAUCUCUAAUCCCUCCUAUACCAAAGCACCCGUCAGCCUUCUCACUGAUUCAACUCUUUCGGAUCCUACUGUCUAUCGUCAACUCACCGGAUCUCUACAAUAUCUAACUAUAACUCAACCAGAUAUUUCAUUUGCCGUCAAUCAACUCUGCCAACAUCUCCACAAUCCCUUACCUCAACAUUUUCUUCAAUUAAAACGUCUUCUUCGCUACAUUUGUGGUACUCUUAACUUUGGUAUACCUAUAUCCAAAUCCUCUCUUCAUCUUCAAACAUUCUCUGAUGCCGAUUGGUCAUCUGAUUCCACCACUCGCCGAUCUAUCUCUAGUUACUGCUCGUUUCUUGGACAGACAUUAAUUUCUUGGACAGUUAAGAAACAACAAUCUGUUGCUCGCUCGUCGACGGAAGCUAAAUAUUGUGCACUUGCAUCGGCCACCGCUGACGUUAUUUGGCUCAGAAGGCUACUGUCCGACUUUCACAUCAUACAAGACAAGCUUACCAACAUUCAUUGUGACAGCAUGUCCGCCAUCGCCCUCGCCAACAACUCUGUCUUCCAUGCCAGAACCAAGCACAUUGAAGUCGAUGUUCACUUUACUCGGGACCACAUCCAAGCUCAAGUCAUCCGAAUUGUUCCCAUAUCUACUCAAGAUCAAAUUGCUGAUGUUCUCACCAAGCCACUCUCCACACCUCGGUUUCACUUAUUCAGAUCUAAACUGACAGUUCAGCCUUCACCAUCAGUUUGCGAGGGGCUAAAAGAGCAGCUCAAUAAACACAAAGCGUCAACCAAUACUAUUUAA